UCCCAUAGCACCUGUCUCCUUGGGGUCUUGGGGCCAUAGUCAGAUUGUUUAGUUCCCUCCAUUGAGAUUCAGGAGAGAAAGAUAGGCACCUAAUUGCCACUUCAGGCAAUAGGAAUCCCACCUCUUGUGUUGGUUUUCCCAGGAUUCAUGCUUAUUUUCACCAGAACUGAAAUCAAAAAUGCUUUCCCUGGGAGGAGACAGUGCUGCCAAUAUAGGCAUUUACAGUAAAUGACAUCAAGGCUUUCACACUAUCAAACUUGGCAACUAACUGGCCUAAUAACUGACUCCUAGUCCAGCCAAGAAAAGUUUGUAUCUAGAAGGUCCCUGACAGAGACCUUUAGGUUGAAGCUAGGCAACGCUCACCCCUCUCCUCCUCACAGUGACCAUUUUGCUUAAGAGCUGCUUCUUUUAGUGUUUGUUUGUUUUUUUCAGAUUAAGUCCAUAAUAACGUGUCAUGGUUAUAACUAUUGGCACUGUAUCAACUGGAUCAUAUGAGCAUGUUUGUCCAGUGAGGCACUUUCACUUUCACUCUUGGUGGCUGGGUACCUGGCCAAUAAGCCAUGAGUUGAAUAGGUAGAGACAAUCCAUAGCCUUUCUCCCAUGGAGCCAAAUUCCGCCCCCCUCCUUUGGCUGUACGUCCCUGGAGGAUGUCAAUCUGGGGAGGGGGCGUGUACACGUGUAUAAAAGUCAGAACCUGGCCCAUUUGCCUUUACUGCUCUUACAAGUGGCUGGAGGAAGCGUGUUGAUUAUCUCUAGAGUUCCCCUGCUGAUGGUGGGUGUCUCUGCUCAUUUCCUGUUGUCCCCGCCCCCAGAAAUACAGAAGGAGGAGUUGUGGAACAGUGAAAUGGGUGUCAGUUUCCAAUGUGAGGUUAUGCUCUGGUAUUCCUGGUCCCUUCCCCCAUCCCCGUAAGGUCCCAUAUUGCUGGGCCUUCAAAUGAGGCAAAAUGCAUGUGACGACCUCCAGUUCUUGCAAGCGUCACUGCGGGGGUGGGCACUGGAAAAACUGAAAAUGCCCUAAAGCAGCUUAACUGUGCUGCCCCCUCAGUUCCCUCAGCCUCUGUCUCUAGGAUGGCAGCCCUCCAGACAAGUGACUCUGCCUCAUGUCACAAAGAUGUGUGUUAGCCCCUCCUGCUGCAGCCCUGUUUGCCCUCCAGUGAGCGCUGCCCAGCCAGCAGAGCUACGGGAGGGGGCCAAAGCCUCUGGUCUGUCUCACACAUUGGCAGCCAGACUCGUCGUUACUGGUACUGAUGAGAGGAAGGCCGAGCACAGGCUGAGCUGCAGAUCCCAGGUGGCAUGUGUGGGGCUGGCCAGUAGAACAACCGUCUCCUGGCUCGUCACCGGAGCAAAUUGGCUGUGGGACUGCAGGUCUCUUUGAGGACAGUGAGACCGUGGUCCUGAGGAGCUAGUGUGGAAACUAGAAUGGGUCUGUUGCAGCAGAAAACUGGGGCGUGCCGGCUCUAUUGGACCAUGCUCCUCCUGGCUGGAGGGUCCUUUUUCUUGAUGCUGUAUGCCCUGAUGUGGAAUGCUGGAAACAUCAUCAACCUGCCCCACAAAAGAAUCGGCUUCUACAACUUCUGCCUGUGGAACCAGAUGGCUGGAGAGUUGCAGUGCCUAGAAUUCAAGGACCUGAUGGACAUGGGGGUUGGCCAGGUUGAGCUAGUCCUGGCAAGGCUCUGUGUAUACACUGUCCAGGUCCUCUGUAGCUUCUCCCCCUUUUUAAUCAUACAGGCCCAAUGUGCAAACACCAGAGAGGCCUGGGAAGUGACCCUUGUGGUGCUGGGCCUCUCGGCUGCACUUCUGGCUGGUGGCCUCAGCUUGUUUCUGCUCCAGACCUGGGUUUGGCUUCACCUCUCUGAACUCAGUGGGGGUUUCAUGGCGCUAGCUGGGGCUCAGGCCCUGCUGCUGUUCCAGCUUUUUGCUGCUGCUGUGUACGUCACGUGGCUCAAGGAGGUUCCUGAAAAGGGAAGCCCUUCCCCUGAGAAGCAGGCCCCAGCCUUGCAGGUCUGAAGGCAGAGAGGGAGGAAGAUGCAGUGCUAGCUUGUGGGAGCUCCCCAAUCAAGUUUUUAUCAUCAUCUACUAUUCAACCUAUAUAGCCUGCUCUUGUGUACUGAUCUCCAGCUUUGGGCCAUGUCAUAAAUAUAAAGGGAAGGGUAACCACCUUUCUGUAUACAGUGCUAUAAAAUCCCUCCUGGCCAGAGGCAAAACCCUUUCACCCGUAAAGGCUUAAGAAGCUAAGAUAACCUCGCUGGCACCUGAUCAAAAUGACCAAUGAGGGGACAAGACACUUUCAAAGCUGGAGGGGGCGGGGAACAAAGGGUUCCGUCCGUCUGGGUGAUGCUGUUGCUGGGACCAGAUCAGGAAUGCAGUCUUACAACUCCUGUAAAGUUAGUAAGUAAUCUAGCUAUAAAUGCGUUAGAUUUCCAUUUGUUUAAUGGCUGGUAAAAUAAGCUGUACUGGAUGGAAUGUAUAUUCCUGUUUUUGUGUCUUUUUGUAAUUUAAGGUUUUGCCUAGAGGGAUUCUCUAAGUUUUGAAUCUGACUACCCUGUAAGGUAUUUACCAUCCUGAUUUUACAGAGGUGAUUCUUUUACUUUUUCUUUAAUUAAAAUUCUUCUUUUAAGAACCUAA